AAUCAUUGAAAUAGUUGCAAUUAUCUAUCCCAAUGAAGUUACAAACGAUCGUGUUGACAUAAAAAAUUUGCAAAAACGAGAGUUUAGAACAUUGGUUACAAAAUUUAUUACUACAAGUUCAUAUACUAGGUAUUUUGCGGUGACAUCAUGUUCGACACCACAAAUACCCGUCCAUUACACACCACCACCAAUACAUACUAAAAGCAAAACGCCACUACCAAAACCGACACCAUCAAAAAAAAAGGAUCCUUCGAUUUCGGGAUUGUCACGUCGUGCCAUUAACUGUACUGUGAUAAAUCAUUCAUCCAUUGUAUAUACCGUAAUUACUAUGACAAAAACUUUUGUGACAUAUGUACCUGACCCACCGACACCAAUACCACCACAAGUACCGACACCAAAACUACCACAAGUACCGACACCAGAACAACCACAAGUACCGACACCAGAACAACCACAAGUACCGACACCAGAACCACCACAAGUAUCGCAACCAGGACAGCCAUUGCCAUCAGAAGAACCACAACCAACAGAAUUUCCGCAACCGACAAUAUCAGAUUUACAACCAACAAAUUUACAAACAUCAUAUUCAUCAACUCCUAAUUUAUCAACACCACCAAUACCAUCAUCACCAAAUAUAGCUAGGUAA